UUCAAAGAAACCACAUCUUAAGUUCCAAAACUCUUCAAUAAAUUUUAAAAUCAAGUUUGAAAAUAUGGAAUCAAUCACAUUAAUUGAAUCGGAAGCUAUUAAUCAAGAAGCUGAUAAUAAUCUAUUGGAACAAGAUUCUGAUGCAAUGCCUGGAAUUCAAAUUGACUCAGCUGCAUGUGAAAUCUGCAUGCCAUCAUUAAGAAUAGAACCUUCGAAUCAAGAACCUGCUGAAGAAAUGCAAGAUGCAGUUGCAUCAAGACCUACUCGCCGUUCAGCACAAGCACGAAAAGUUACCUCAAUGUCUAAAGAUGCUUUCUCAAUGCCAGCACAACGUAAAAGAAGUCGAUCAACUAAAGGCAGUCGUGGAUCAUCAAAGAGUCCAGCUCCUUCCCAUAGUCCAGCUCCUUCUCGUAGUCGAGUUGCUUCUCGUAGUCGAGCUUCAUCUAGCAAUCGUUCAGCUUCUAAAAGCAAAAAACCAGCUUCUCGUGGAUCCAGUCGUUCUCGAUCAAAAAGUGCAUCUAAGCGCUCAGUCAGUCGUCGUAGAAGACGUACAUAAAUUGUUGUGAAUUAUAGCAUUUUUGGAUAUUGAGCUUUGGUAAUAAAAAUUUGUCUAAAUUUACCGUAA